ACGAGCCAGAUCAAAUCAAGUAAUUGCCGAGUUUCGUCCUUCACUUGGAAACCCUAACUUCCCAGAGCCCCAGAACCCUAAUUUUUAUAAUUUUUUUUGUUUAAUUUUCAAAUCUUUAUUUCCUCCAUGGCCAAAAAGCGAAAGCAACGAUCCUCUGAACCCGAACCCACCAGACCAGCGCCGGAUCCUCAACAAAUCGAGGAAGAAGAGCAACAGCGACCCGAAUACAUACCCGACGAAGAUCCGAACCAGAAAGAAGAAGAAGAAGAAGAAGAAGAAGAAGAAGAAGAAGAGGAAGUAGAAGAAGAAAUAGAAGUAGAAGAGGAAGUUGAAGAAGAAGAGGAAGAGGAAGAAGAGGACAACGAAGACGACGAUGACGAAGAAGCUGAAAACCAAACCCUAGUUGGCUCCUUCAACGCCGCCUUUCAAAAUGGAACAUCGAAAGAAAAGGGUGAAGAAGAGGAAUUGGACGACGAGCCGUUCGAGAAACUUCUAGAACCAUUUGGGAAGGAUCAAUUGAUUACCCUUAUUAAGAAAGCGGUCGAUGAACACCCGGAAUUCAUCUCGUCGGUUCGGGAGUUUGCGGAUGAGGACCCGGCCCAUCGAAAGAUCUUCGUUCAUGGGCUCAGUUGGGAUACCACUGCUGAAACCCUUAUCGCCGAGUUUUCUAAAUAUGGUGAAAUCGAAGAAUGCAAAGCGGUUACCGAUAGGGUUUCUGGGAAAUCGAAAGGUUACGCUUUUAUUCUAUUUAAGCAUCGGAGUGGUGCACGCCGGGCUUUAAAAGAGCCCCAGAAGAAGAUUGGGAAUAGAACUACUUCCUGCCAGUUGGCCUCGCAAGGACCGGUUCCGGCACCGCCUCCAACUGCUCCGCCUGUUUCUGAGUAUACCCAGAGGAAGAUUUUUGUUAGUAAUGUGUCAGCUGAACUGGAGCCGGAGAAGUUGCUUGAGUUUUUUAAACAGUUUGGGGAAAUUGAGGAAGGUCCGUUGGGGCUUGAUAAGCAGACAGGGAAACCUAAAGGGUUUGCUCUUUUUGUAUACAGGUCGAUUGAGGGUGCAAGAAAGGCGUUAGAGGAGCCUCAUAAGAAUUUUGAAGGUCAUGUUUUGCAUUGCCAAAAGGCCAUUGAUGGGCCAAAACCGAGUAAAGGUGGUUAUGGAGGUGGUGCUUCUGGUGGGCAUCAUCAGCAGUACCAGCAGCAUCAGCAAGGACAACAUCAGAUUCAGUCUCAUUACCAUCAUACUAAGAAGGGAAAGUAUUCAUCUGGUGGAUCAGAGACUGGUCAUUUGAUGGCUCCAUCUGGGCCUGCUGCUGUGGGGUUCAACCCCGGAGUUGCUGCUGCUGGGUUUAACCCUGGGGUGGCUGCUGCUGCACCGGCUUUAAACCCGGCGCUUGGACAGGCUUUGACUGCAUUGCUUGCUACUCAGGGAGCUGGUUUGGGGCUUGGUAAUCUGCUUGGAGGGCUUGGUGGAGCGCCUGUGAACCAGGGAGCACCUGUCGCAGGGUAUGGGAAUCAGGUUGCAGGAGGCUACGGGAACCAGAUGGGAAUUCAGGGUGGGUAUCAGAACCCACAAAUGGGGCAGGGCGGCGCUGGUAGGAGUCAACCUGGUGGCGGUGCUUCUUAUAUGGGACAUUAGGUGGCGUAAUUUGAAAGACAACAGUUCUUAUUAUGUUGUAACUUUUAAGUUAAUUGUUUAAUUCUAGUUUUACAAACUAAGUUUUUUUUUGUUUGUUUGAGAAAGACUGGUCUUCCCGAGACAAGGAUAUUACUGAGUCUUGGCUUAUCUACUUUCUGCUAAUAUGAAGGCUUAUUAUCAAAUUUUAUAAUUAUCAAUAUUUCUUUAAAUUUUAUUCGA